AUGAUGCAUGCUGCUUUCUUUGAGGACGUUGAGAUGCCAGCCGUGCUAUUGGAGGAUAGGCAUCUUCGCAGCCGUUUCCUCUCCAUUGAAAACAUGGACAGUCGAGUUCAUGCCAUCCUGAGCUCUUUGUGGCCGGCUGCGCGUCGGCCCUUGGCGCCCUUCCUGGUGCUGGGCGUUGACAUUCUGGACGCCUUGGACUUGGCCUCCUGCGAGGAGGCUUCGCCGCCCGCGACCUGGGAGCCAGAGCCCGGUGUGGCUCAAGAAAUUGACGGCAACAGAGAGCUCAGAGAGCUUCCGGGCCCCAUCCCGCCAAGUGCUGCACAGGAGCCUGUGGAAGGUGUUUUCCGGCGGGACGGUGUGGGGCUACAGGGAGAUUGGGCAGACACUGGCGGAGACCAUCCCAUUCUUUUUGCUGUUAAACUUUGCGGGCCGGCGCAGGAGCAUCGCUCCUUGGCAAAGCUUGCGACGGCCCGAGGUGUGCCUUCUGACACCUCUGAGCCCAGGAUGUUUCACAGCGCUGCCGCUGUCAUCGCGGGCGCUGCAAUCGACUUGCUGGAUCGGCAAUAUCGGGACAGAUUUGGAGGGAUCGUGAAUGGCGUCCUGAGCCGUGAAGGGCCAUGGGUCAAUGUGCCCUCUGCCCUGUCGAAUGCAAUCUUUGCAAAGGACGUUGAGAUGCCAGCCGUGCUAUUGGAGGAUAGGUCGAGACGGGCUAUCGGCUGUACUGAUACGUCGUUUGGCAGUGGCUUAAAAAUCACGGCAUCUUUUAAAGCUGCUUCCUUCAGCGAGAUGGACAUUCGAGUUCAGGCCAUCCUGAGCUCUUUGUGGCCGGCUGCGCGUCGGCCCUUGGCGCCCUUCCUGGUGCUGGGCGUUGACAUUCUGGACGCCUUGGACUUGGCCUCCUGCGAGGAGGCUUCGCCGCCCGCCAUCUGGGAGCCAGCGCCCAGUGCGGCUCAAGAGCUGGAUGGCUCCAGAGUAGGGAUUGCCAUGGGAUUUGGGCGGACCUUGGGUCUUCACGACUACACCGUCCCAUUUCUGCUGCUGGCAAACUACGCGUGUUCGCAGCUUGUCUGCACUGGAUCAGCCUUGGCGCGACCGGUUGGGCUUUGUUCUGGCACAGGUGGCCAGGGCCGGCGCAGGGCUCGCUCCUUGGCAAAGCUCGCGACGGCCCGAGGUGUGCCUUCUGACACCUCUGAGCCCAGGAUGUUUGACAGCUCUGCCACUGCCAUGGCGCACGACGUUGAGAUGCCAGCCGCGCUAUUGGAGGUAGCCGGCUUCGGCUUGGGGCAUGUCAAACUAUUCCACAGUUCAUGCCAUCCUGAGCUCUUUGUGGCCGGCUGCGCGUCGGCCCUUGCGCCCUUCCUGGUGCUGGGCGUUGACAUUCUGGACGCCUUGGACUUGGCCUCCUGCGAGGAGGCUUCGCCGCCCGCGACCUGGGAGCCAGAGCCCGGUGUGGCUCAAGAAAUUGACGGCAACAGAGAGCUCAGAGAGCUUCCGGGCCCCAUCCCGCCAAGUGCUGCACAGGAGCCUGUGGAAGGUGUUUUCCGGCGGGACGGUGUGGGGCUACAGGGAGAUUGGGCAGACACUGGCGGAGACCAUCCCAUUCUUUUUGCUGUUAAACUUUGCGGGCCGGCGCAGGAGCAUCGCUCCUUGGCAAAGCUUGCGACGGCCCGAGGUGUGCCUUCUGACACCUCUGAGCCCAGGAUGUUUCACAGCGCUGCCGCUGUCAUCGCGGGCGCUGCAAUCGACUUGCUGGAUCGGCAAUAUCGGGACAGAUUUGGAGGGAUCGUGAAUGGCGUCCUGAGCCGUGAAGGGCCAUGGGUCAAUGUGCCCGCUGCCCUGUCGAAUGCAAUCUUUGCAAAGGACGUUGAGAUGCCAGACGUGCUAUUGGAGGAUAGGCAUCUUCGCAGCCGUUUCCUCUCCAUUGAAAACAUGGACAGUCGAGUUCAUGCCAUCCUGAGCUCUUUGUGGCCGGCUGCGCGUCGGCCCUUGGCGCCCUUCCUGGUGCUGGGCGUUGCCAUUCUGGACGCCUUGGACUUGGCCUCCUGCGAGGAGGCUUCGCCGCCCGCGACCUGGGAGCCAGAGCCCGGUGUGGCUCAAGAAAUUGACGGCAACAGAGAGCUCAGAGAGCUUCCGGGCCCCAUCCCGCCAAGUGCUGCACAGGAGCCUGUGGAAGGUGUUUUCCGGCGGGACGGUGUGGGGCUACAGGGCUGGCAGGGGGAGACUGGGCAGACCACUGGCGGCUCGACCAUUAUCGAAAUCAAGGAAGGCAAUGGAUCAGGACCUGGGCGCGACGGCGCCCCGCCGGGCUUCGUUUGGCCGGCGCAGGAGCAUCGCUCCUUGGCAAAGCUUGCGACGGCCCGAGGUGUGGCUUCUGACACCUCUGAGCCCAGGAUGUUUCACAGCGCUGCCGCUGUCAUCGCGGGCGCUGCAAUCGACUUGCUGGAUCGGCAAUAUCGGGACAGAUUGUGGAUCGGGAAUGGCGUCCUGAGCCGUGAAGGGCCAUGGGUCAAUGUGCCCUCUGCCCUGUCGAAUGCAAUCUUUGCAAAGGACGUUGAGAUGCCAGCCGUGCUAUUGGAGGAUAGGCAUCUUCGCAGCCGUUUCCUCUCCAUUGAAAACAUGGACAGUCGAGUUCAUGCCAUCCUGAGCUCUUUGUGGCCGGCUGCGCGUCGGCCCUUGGCGCCCUUCCUGGUGCUGGGCGUUGCCAUUCUGGACGCCUUGGACUUGGCCUCCUGCGAGGAGGCUUCGCCGCCCGCGACCUGGGAGCCAGAGCCCGGUGUGGCUCAAGAAAUUGACGGCAACAGAGAGCUCAGAGAGCUUCCGGGCCCCAUCCCGCCAAGUGCUGCACAGGAGCCUGUGGAAGGUGUUUUCCGGCGGGACGGUGUGGGGCUACAGGGAGAUUGGGCAGACACUGGCGGAGACCAUCCCAUUCUUUUUGCUGUUAAACUUUGCGGGCCGGCGCAGGAGCAUCGCUCCUUGGCAAAGCUUGCGACGGCCCGAGGUGUGCCUUCUGACACCUCUGAGCCCAGGAUGUUUCACAGCGCUGCCGCUGUCAUCGCGGGCGCUGCAAUCGACUUGCUGGAUCGGCAAUAUCGGGACAGAUUUGGAGGGAUCGUGAAUGGCGUCCUGAGCCGUGAAGGGCCAUGGGUCAAUGUGCCCUCUGCCCUGUCGAAUGCAAUCUUUGCAAAGGAGAGAAAACAUGACGUGCAUCUUCGCAGCCGUUUCCUCUCCAUUGAAAACAUGGACAGUCGAGUUCAUGCCAUCCUGAGCUCUUUGUGGCCGGCUGCGCGUCGGCCCUUGGCGCCCUUCCUGGUGCUGGGCGUUGACAUUCUGGACGCCUUGGACUUGGCCUCCUGCGAGGAGGCUUCGCCGCCCGCGACCUGGGAGCCAGAGCCCGGUGUGGCUCAAGAAAUUGACGGCAACAGAGAGCUCAGAGAGCUUCCGGGCCCCAUCCCGCCAAGUGCUGCACAGGAGCCUGUGGAAGGUGUUUUCCGGCGGGACGGUGUGGGGCUACAGGGAGAUUGGGCAGACACUGGCGGAGACCAUCCCAUUCUUUUUGCUGUUAAACUUUGCGGGCCGGCGCAGGAGCAUCGCUCCUUGGCAAAGCUUGCGACGGCCCGAGGUGUGCCUUCUGACACCUCUGAGCCCAGGAUGUUUCACAGCGCUGCCGCUGUCAUCGCGGGCGCUGCAAUCGACUUGCUGGAUCGGCAAUAUCGGGACAGAUUUGGAGGGAUCGUGAAUGGCGUCCUGAGCCGUGAAGGGCCAUGGGUCAAUGUGCCCUCUGCCCUGUCGAAUGCAAUCUUUGCAAAGGAGAGAAAACAUGACGUGCAUCUUCGCAGCCGUUUCCUCUCCAUUGAAAACAUGGACAGUCGAGUUCAUGCCAUCCUGAGCUCUUUGUGGCCGGCUGCGCGUCGGCCCUUGGCGCCCUUCCUGGUGCUGGGCGUUGACAUUCUGGACGCCUUGGACUUGGCCUCCUGCGAGGAGGCUUCGCCGCCCGCGACCUGGGAGCCAGAGCCCGGUGUGGCUCAAGAAAUUGACGGCAACAGAGAGCUCAGAGAGCUUCCGGGCCCCAUCCCGCCAAGUGCUGCACAGGAGCCUGUGGAAGGUGUUUUCCGGCGGGACGGUGUGGGGCUACAGGGAGAUUGGGCAGACACUGGCGGAGACCAUCCCAUUCUUUUUGCUGUUAAACUUUGCGGGCCGGCGCAGGAGCAUCGCUCCUUGGCAAAGCUUGCGACGGCCCGAGGUGUGCCUUCUGACACCUCUGAGCCCAGGAUGUUUCACAGCGCUGCCGCUGUCAUCGCGGGCGCUGCAAUCGACUUGCUGGAUCGGCAAUAUCGGGACAGAUUUGGAGGGAUCGUGAAUGGCGUCCUGAGCCGUGAAGGGCCAUGGGUCAAUGUGCCCUCUGCCCUGUCGAAUGCAAUCUUUGCAAAGGACAUUGAGAUGCCAGCCGUGCUAUUGGAGGAUAGGUCGAGACGGGCUAUCGGCUGUACUGAUACGUCGUUUGGCAGUGGCUUAAAAAUCACGGCAUCUUUUAAAGCUGCUUCCUUCAGCGAGAUGGACAGUCGAGUUCAGGCCAUCCUGAGCUCUUUGUGGCCGGCUGCGCGUCGGCCCUUGGCGCCCUUCCUGGUGCUGGGCGUUGACAUUCUGGACGCCUUGGACUUGGCCUCCUGCGAGGAGGCUUCGCCGCCCGCGACCUGGGAGCCAGAGCCCGGUGCGGCUCAAGAAAUUGACGGCAACAGAGAGCUCAGAGAGCUUCCGGGCCCCAUCCCGCCAAGUGCUGCACAGGAGCCUGUGGAAGGUGUUUUCCGGCGGGACGGUGUGGGGCUACAGGGCUGGCAGGGGUAG